AUGGUCCGUCAGUGGAAUCGCCAUCCCGACCACCACAGCUGCGACCCCAGAAUCCCGCCGCGGCCCCUUCCAAGGUCCGACACCGCCCACUCCCGCUACGUGCAGAUGCUCCUGGAGCAGGACGAUAUCCCCGCGGCGCACAACAUCCUCGCCGCCUUCUUCGUUUGGCUGCUUCUCGCCGGCUUUCUCGUCUUCCCGGGAACUUUCACGAGCCUCCGACACUCCAUCGAGGACAAGGGCGACGUCCAGUGGGGCGACAAGACGACAACCAACAUCAUGAAGAGCGUCAAGAACAUGCCGUUGCUCGUCCUCGCGGCCAUCGCCUGCGGCACCGCCGUCCUGGGCAUCGCCAGCUUGGCGCUCCGGCACGUCACCAACUAUGUCUGGCUGUCAAACAAAUUGUUCGUUCCCGGUAUGGCCAAUUGCCUGGCGGGGCUGAUAUCCACCUUGGUCGGCGUCUAUACGCAGCAGCACGGAACCUGGAGCAUCACCGCCAAGGUGACGGCCAUAGUCGAAGGCUCAGGCUUGGGCGUAAGUGGAGUCCUGUUCCUCAUCUUUGACAGGUUCCUGCUUCAAAAAGUCAAAAAGAGCCAUGGGGCACACUACGACGGCUGGCCGACCGAGAGAACUUCCAAGGAGGCUUGUGAUGAGAAACGGUAG